AAUAAUAAUAAUACAUUUAAAAUAAAUAAGUAAAGUAAAGUAAGCUGGCAGUAACAGUAACUAGCCAUUUUAUUGGCAAAUCUUCGAAAUGAAUUAGAGACUUAUAGUAAGAUAUCAUUAAAAUCUUCGAAAUGAAUUAGAGACUUAUAGUAAGAUGUCAUUACACUUCAUUUCAGCAGCUCUCUACUGCCAUCUGAUUGGCUCUUUCCCAAAGAUCCCCAUUCAUCUCCUUAUGGCAGUCAUCUGUGCAUGUGUUGCGAUGCACGUUUGUGUUUCCCACAUGUCCUCUCAUGUUAUUAUACUGCUGAGUCAUGAAAACCUUUUGUGUCCUAAAAUAAAUAGUCUACAGAAUGCAUUAGGCUUCAAUAUCCAGGUGCAGAAUCACCACUUUCAAUAGACUUCAUAACAAGACUUUGAAUAUAGUAUUUAACAGUCUAUAUAAUUUAUAUAAACUAUUAUAUGCUGUAUUAAAAAUCCUGGUUUGAAUUUGUUCAUCUAUAUUAGCUUGUAAAUGCUGUUACUCUGAAGUUAAUAAUGUGUGCAGGUAUUAAUGUAAUUCCUUUUGCUUGAUGGCUAAUGUUUUCUAUCAGAUAACUCUUAUUAUCGUAUUAUAUGUUUACCAUCUGUCAACCAUGUCAUUGUCGCAUGUGAAGAUAAAGCACUUUAGAAGUCACUCUGGGUACUAAAUACUGUGCUUUUACUGUAAAAUAUGUAGUAUAAAGUUUGUUGUGUGUGUGUUUGUAUGUUUUUAGCUGUUCAAGAGUAGUCAGCAGCAUGUGGCCAAAAGUUUCUCCCUGUUCUGAGCUCCAGCUCAUGUCAAACUAAAGUAGCAGUCUGUGACAUUAAACCACCUUGACAUUCUCUGCUUGUACAGAGAGAGAGAGAGAAAUUUUAGUUAGGGAAAGUAAUUGCUACAAGACUUUGGCAUAGAUUUCAUUUGAAUCCUAUUGUGGACCCCAGUGUAUUUUUAUUUAUUUUUUUCUGUUACGUUUAAAAUAUUGCAUAUAUUCAUGCAUGUAUCGUUGAGAUAGUUGGGUUGCUUCUCUUUCUUUACCCCUUACACUUACUAACACACUGAACAGCUGUUAAGCUACUAGAUUUAUCUCUGAGGCAGUUCCCCUGAGGCUGUGUAACUUCCUGCCUAACACACGCCCCCAAAAACCCCUGAUCUACAGCCCGUUCUGCACAAAGUACUGUAAGUCACACAUGUUUUUUCAUGAAAACAGAAAACUGAUCCAGGGUCAGGAGGACAGGAACAAUGAGCGCUGAAGUCGACUGGCCUGAGAGAAAUUCAGUCUAUGUUUAGUGAGGGGCCAUGUGACUGGUGUCAUCAGCAUGCCAGACAUGACUGGGCCGUGUCCGCGUUUGCUCACUGCCUCCUCCCUCGUCUUUUCACUCUCCCUCUCUUCCUCUCAUAAUCGCUCGUUCCCUCGAUGCCGUGUCCGAUCUUGAAGGAGUGGAAAAUGUAAGUUUGGGCGAGCGAACGGAGUGCCCGUGGCUGCAGCACCAUGAAUGUGUGUAACAGCACUGAUCUUCCUGAGGUGGAAAUCAUCAGUUUGCUUGAGGAGCAGUUGCCUCAUUAUAAGCUGAGAGCUGACACAAUAUACGGCUAUGACCACGACGACUGGCUCCACACGCCUCUCAUCUCACCCGACGUCAACCUCGACCUGACCACAGAACAGAUCGAGGAGACCCUCAAAUAUUUCCUUCUAUGUGCUGAUCGAGUGGGCCAGAUGACUAAGACAUAUAAUGACAUAGAUGCUGUGACACGUCUCCUGGAGGAGAAAGAGCGGGAUUUGGAGUUGGCAGCACGUAUUGGCCAGUCUCUGCUGAAAAAGAACAAAACCCUCAGUGAGAGGAACACCUUCCUAGAGGAGCAGGUGGAGCACAUACGAGAAGAGGUGUCUCAGCUGCGUCAUGAUCUCUCAAUGAAGGAUGAACUUCUGCAGUUCUACACAAGUGCAGCUGAAGAGAGUGAUGGAGAGUCUGCUUCUACCACACCUAUUCGCAGAAAUGACUCAUCUUUCACACUCCCAACUUACCUCCCUCUGGAUUCACUGCAGAAAAAACUCCAGGACUUGGAGGAAGAGAACAUCGUCCUGCGAUCAGAGGCGAAUCACUUGGAGACAGAGACCAUCUCGUAUGAAGAAAAAGAACAACAGCUUGUAAAUGACUGCGUUAAAGAGCUCAGAGAUGCUAACAUACAGAUCUCCACCAUUGCGGAGGAGCUGGCUAAGAAAACAGAGGAUGCCUCUCGCCAACAAGAGGAAAUCACACACCUCCUCUCUCAGAUCGUGGACCUGCAGAAAAAAGCCAAAUCUUAUGCACUAGAAAAUGAAGAGCUCACCCAGCAUCUGGGAGCUGCUAAAGACGCCCAAAGAGCACUAACUGCAGAGCUGAGGGAGCUGGAGGAUAAGUAUGCCGAGUGUAUGGAGAUGCUUCAUGAAGCUCAGGAGGAACUGAAGAACUUCAGGAAUAAAACGCUGCCUCUCAGUACACCGCGACGAUUCCACUCACUCGGCCUGUUCCCCAUGGACUCUUUAGCUGCUGAAAUUGAAGGCACCAUGAGGAAAGAGAUUCAGAUGUCUGAUCCAGACGUGGAGGAACAAAGGUUGCACCCAAAACGUGUCUUUGAGACGGUGCGUAACAUCAACCAGACGGUUCGGCAACGCUCCAUGGGCCCAUCCCCUAUGAACAUCCCAGGGUCCAAUCAGACAUCCUCUAUGAACUCCAGGCGUUCUAGCUGUCUGAGCACACCCCGAUCGAGCAUGUACGGUGGGGACGGUGUUGAAAUGGACAACCGCACUAACAGUAUGCUGCUGGAAACCCAAUCACCUCAAGAUGGCUCUAAUGACUCCAACAGAAAGCCUGGCACACCUGGCACACCCGGCUCCCAUGACCUGGAGGCGGCACUGCGUCGUCUUUCCCUUCGACGGGACAACUACCUUAGCGAGCGGCGUUUCUUUGAGGAGGAGAGAGAGCGUAAACUCAACGCCCUGGCAGAAGACAAAAGCGAAUUGUACGAGGACAGAGAUGUUGGAAGUGGCAGUGAAGACGGCGGUCCUCUUACUCCAGCAGACAGCAUCAUGUCUCUUGGCACCCUGCACUCGGUUUACUCCAUCUACAGCGCCCGAUCCUACCUACCAGAGAAACUCCAGAUUGUCAAGCCUCUGGAAGGUUCGGCCACUCUGCACGCAUGGCAGCAGCUCGCGCAGCCACACCUGGGCGGCAUCCUGGACACGCGGCCGGGCGUUGUGACCAAGGGCUUCCGACCGCUAGAGCUGGACCUGGAGGAGGUGUACCAAUUCACCGACCUGGAGGAAGAUGAGCCAGGACAGCAUUCCCAAUCCGGCAUCUCCUCUUGCCUGGGUUCUCUGCCUUGCUCGCCUGCUUUGCGACGACCACGUGCCAACAAACCUGACAACCAGGAAGAGCAGCUCAGAGAAAAUGGAGGGACCCCUGGAGUGGGGCCAGACCGAAUGGAGGCUGGAGAGGAAGAGGUCUCUUCUGUGCAUUUUCCUGGUAAAUGUAUGUCUCACACCAGCUCCACGUACACUUUCACCACCUGCAGGAUAUUGCACCCUACAGAUGAACUCACCAGAGUCACACCCAGUCUCUUGUCUGGUCCAUCACUGGCCUCCUGCGUAAUGUCCAACAGCAGUCUGCGCUCAACUCCUGUGUCCACCCCCUGCACGCCUCGUCGCCUCAGCGUGGCGGAGAGUUUCACCAACCUCCGCGACUCAACCAAGACCACCAGUACCUCUCUGGGCCUUGUGCGCCUCCUACAGGAGAGAGGUAUAUCUGCUGCUGUCUAUAACCCUCUCAGUUGGGACCGGGCGGAUCGAGCCCCUCCACCAGACCCCUACUCAUCACACACUGCCAGCCCCUUACACACCUGUCCGGACACGCUGCCUUCCACCCCUCCAAACUCCCCCAGCAAGUCCAAACCUGUCAGACCUGUGCUCCCUGUAGACUACAGCCCCUCAGACCCCCCCUACGAAACCUUCCUGGCUUCACGGCCAGCCAGCUCAAUUCUAAAGGAAGUGCGGGAGGCGGACGAAAGGGCUCAAACGGAUACGCAGUGUCAGACUGAAGUCAGUGUGCAGAACCUGAGACUUGUGGACAAGGUAAAGAAGUUUAGCAUGGCUCCCAGAACAUUGGCCUCAGGGAUCGGAAGGCCAGGACCGCCAUUCGGAGCACACGCUGUUGUGACCUCCCCUAUCGGGGGACUGCCAGUGCUGAACUCAGGGAUGAGAAGAAACCGCAGUUACCCAGCUAUGGUUGGGGCUAGUAUGGCUAUGAAGGGUCCAGGGCCUCCCAGUGAGGACCUGCUAUUGGCCCAUGGGCCACCCAGACAAACUAGCCUCAAUGAAAAGUGAAUGUUGCCUCUCUGUCGUCCCCUUUUGCCUUUUAUUUGUUUAAAUUUGCAUUGAUAAAGUAUAUCAUCCUUGCGACAACUCGAGUGCCUGUUAUUAAGAUGAUAUUUGUAUAGAUUAUUUUGUUAUAACAGUUGAUAUAACAACCUCUUUUUGUCUAUUUUUCUCUGCCUGACCAACAUAUACAGUACAAUUCAUUCAGCAUUGUCACAUAGCUUGGCAUAUUCCAAGCUUUUGUCGUUGUGUCACAAUUUGCACUUGCUAGCUGUAAGAAAACGUAGCAUACAAACAGAGCAGAAAAUUCAUGCCCCAAAAUGAUUUCCAGUUGAAGCACUUUUUGAAUUUAAAAACUAUUCUAGGAUGAGCAAGAAAAUGUUUUGUUUUUUGUUUUUCUAAAUCUGGUCUUCCGGCGUGACAUUUCAAGAUUUGUUAGUUUUGUGAUGCUAGCAAGAGCACUGAUAGCACCUUAAUGCUAAUGGUAGCCCAGACAUUGGUGAAAAAUGAAGUCUUGUCAUUUCUUAUUUAUUAUUUGGUCUAAUUUGGCACUUUUUAAAGGCCAUGCCAUAUUGCUUUUUAUCAAGCCCCUAUAGUGUGCCGAAAAUCUGCUUUUACUAAGUACAAAUACCUUCACAGAAGCCUUUUCCAUCUAGUCCAGGCAACUGAUUAACUGCAGCGUAAUGUUUGUCUCAAAUGGCUUAUUAAUGCAUAAUAUAAUGGUAAUUACAGUGUAAUAACACAGUUCAGUAAUACGACUCUCAGUAGAGGGCGCUGUUGGCAUGAAUUGGUGAUAAUUUUUACAUUAGCACAUUAACUCUCUGCUCUGUACAUCCUCAAAAGUCGACUGAACUGACUGAAGUACUGCAGAGAACAACCGAGACCACGGGGCUGUGAAGGUGCUGCAGAAAGAAAUUGCAGCAGGUUUGAACUUGAAACACAAUCAUGUUCAUGUUAAGUCAUCUUUUAAUGUCCUUUUGUUGAAGACCAACAUUAGUGUAUGUGUGUGGAUGUACAUGGCGUGUGGAAUUGCAGUAUCGAAGACUUGAUGAGAAAAUUGCACAACAUAUUUCAUUGGUCAAAAGCAUGUCAGGUUAAACCGGAAAAAAAAAAAAUACUGUACAUCUGCUGUGGUUUUGGAACCUGCUGACUGAUAUGUGUCGUAUGUAAAGCAAGUGAAGUAUGUAUUGUGAGCUUUAAAGAUUUCAAGGGUGCAAUAGGAAGUAAUUCAUAGUGCCUGAUUUUUUUUUUUUUUUUUGGACAGACUGUACCAUAUUGGCUUCACCUGCCACAGUAUGCACUGGCAUAAAUACUGUAACUAUGUGUUAUGUAUUGACUUAACAGUUAUUUUUACCUGACAAUGCAGAUAUUUGAAGGAUAUAUUAUAUUUAAUGUAUUGUCAGGGAAGCACAUACAGUUGAAACUGCAUGAGUUGUUCUAAAGAAAAGGUCUUUUUCUUUUAGUUAAGGCAAAUCAAAUGUGUGAAAAUGUGUGUAUGUGUGUGUGCACAUUUAAUCAUAGCAUGACCUUUAUUGAAUGUGUUUCAGAGGAAUUUGCCAUGACUGAUCAUUGAUUUCAAUGGUGUGUUUAUUUCAUCAGAAAGGACAUUUUACUUGUAUAUUGUAAAUGGUAAAUAUGCAAAGAAUUUAAACAUGCUAACUUUUUAUAUAUAAAAAGCAAAAAAACUAAACUUGAGGGGGAAAAAAAAUAAGAAAAUGGAAAAGCAAUGACAACUGGUGAAAAGAGGAGUUUUUGUUCAUGAAUUUUAGAAACUCCCCUUUGCAGGAUCAAUAAACCAGUUGCGAUAA